AUGUACGGCGAGCUCGGAAACAAACUGGUCCAACACGCGAAACGCACUCAGUCCCUCGUCCACCUCCCCCCUUACCAAACCGAGCUCGUACGCACCGUCGCCCGCGAAGUCCGCGAUCUCGACCGCGACGUCGCCCGCCUCCUCGAACCCUUCGGCGGCAGCUUCAACCCCUCCGCUGACCCGGCGACCGCCUGCGCCCUACUAGUCGACCACAUCUGCACGCGCCGCAACAAGCGCUGUCUCCUUGCGUAUCACCGUGUGCGCACGGAGAAGCUCGAGGAGCUCUGCUGGAAGGGGGUUGAUGUGCUGGAGCAGGAGCAGCCGAAUGCCGAGGAAGGGGGGGCGGCGCAUGGAGUGGUGAGUUCGCAGGCGGGGAACCAUAGCUCAUUGAGUCCCGAGGAGGAGGAGUAUUUCCGGCAGUAUAGUGAUAUGCUGGCGGCGUAUAAGGGGCAGUGGACGGAUAUUGAUCUGACGGGGAGCUUGGAGCCGCCGAGGGAUCUGUUUAUUGAUGUGAGGGUUUUGAAGGAUGCCGGGGAGAUCCAGACAGAGUAUGGGGUUAUCAAUUUGACGAAGAACAGUCAACUCUACGUUCGACAGGGCGAUGUGGAACGGCUGAUCGCACAAGGGUUCCUGGAGCGACUGACUUGA